AUGUAGAUUAACAAGGAGUAAUUGAAGAAUCAGAACCUUUAGGAAUAAAAAAAUGAAAAUUCUCAAAUUCUAAUAAAUGUUAUUUGUAACAAACUACACAACAUUUGUGCUCGAACUUGCCAAAUAAAAUAUCCGAAGAUAUAAAUUAAGAAAAUCAAAAAGAAUUGCUUAGACUUUAAGAAAAAGAGGGACAACAAGUCUCAAAGUUCAAGAAUUGAUUAAAAUGCAAAUUAAUGUCUGUGUCAAACGUGUUUAGAUCUCAAACUUUUAGAGUAUAUCUCAUAGUUGAAAGCUGUUGAAAAUUUACAGAAUCAAUUAGAAAGUGUUAAAGAGUUGAUCUAUUUUUUUUAAUAACCUUGA